AUGUUUCCAUGUGCAUCUUAUUCUGGUGAUGAACCAAAGAUCGAUAGUGGAUCUUUUGACAAUAAGACGUCUUGGCUUCAGAGCUCCACAUACUCAAAACAAAACCUCACUGUUCAUACGAAUGAAGCAGCAAAUACUGAAAAGGGAAGAGAAUCGAAAUCAGUUAAACGCCCAUCUUCUCCUAAAAAACAUAAAUUAGAGAAGAAUCAGAAAGUCACAUCAACUGCUGUAUUUUUGGAAGACAUUCCUGGACUAGAUAUUAAUAAUGCAUAUAGAAUUGAUCGAUCUUGUAACAGAGAAAUUUAUAAGCACGGUUGUAUUUACGAAAAACAUGUGUCACAAUUUAAACAGAAGAGUAAAACAAGAAUAUUGGGGUUUAAAGAUCUAUAUUUGUAUGAUCUUCUGGGCUGUGAAAUAAAACGUAAACGUGGAGUCACAAAAAAAUCGCGAUAUUUUAGUAAGUCAAGUAGGGCAAUCAUUCAAAGUCCUAGUACCGUUAUCAAGUCAUCUGAUAAAAGUGGCAUGUCGACAGAUUUAAUUCGUUUUCCUGAUGAACUUAGUACUUGCGCAUCAACAGCGGGGAUAAGAAACAAUGAUAUUUUAAAUCUUUGUGAAGAACUUAACCGUCGGGUCUACGAUCGACCAGGUGAUUUGAUUUCGUGGUUCAAUUUAAUUGAUAUACAAGACAAAGGAGCUUCUUUUCUACAUAUUACAAGUGCUGGUUUUGAACAGAAACAGUUAUGUUCUGACUUUAAAUUUUCUAAAAGUGACAGACUUAUUAUACUGAAGAAGCAGUUAUCAAUGGCUGAUCGAGCUCUUACGGCUAAUCCUGGUAAUUUAACAUUGAAAUUAUUCAUAAUUAAAACAAACGAACUGGUGGCUGAGCUUGAAGCUCAUGGUGCCUCGAAAUCUUCAUCUAACAAGGAAGUUUGUCAGGCAGAUCAAAUUAAUCGGGAUUGGGCUCAGCUUGUAUUCACUUAUCCCCAACUUGUACCCAUGUGGCGUGGGUAUACGGCGCAUCUUAUGGGUCGGAAUUCAUCAUUAACUACUAUAAAUCAAGGAGUUGGAAAUGGGGUAUUUUCACGCAUUGAUGGUGUUUAUAAGAGAGGUCUAUCAACAUUAUCAGGUAUAAUAUCCGGAAGAAUAUUAUCACAUAGACCACAACCAGAUACUGUAGAAAGAACAAUCGACUACUUGGCUGAUUAUUGCCAUUGGUUAGCUCAAGCAGGACAUUCAGAACGAGCUUUAGCAGUAUGGCAAGCUGUUAUUGAAUUCAAUUGUUUUCGUCCUACAGAAAUUGAACAAAGUUCGUUUGAGCAACGGGUUCUAGAAAUGGAAUUAUUUUGGUCAAGUGGUAUGCCUAGAUUUGGUCAACCUGGUUCACAACAUUGGAAUGGAUGGUUUAAAACUCGAAAUAAACGACAGGAUAAAUCGCGACUAAAAGAAUCAAAAUUAUCUAAAAGUCAUAAGAGAAAUCAAAUUGUUUCACCAAUUAUUUCCGAAAUAACUUCAGAUAUGUCAGUUGAAGAACUACAUUCUAAGUGGACUAGUAUAGCUGGAAAAUUAACCGCUAUUGCUAGCACUUGUGAAGACGCAUUGAUUAGUUGUUCAGGAGAAGGUAUUCCUGAUGAAUCCUAUGAAAAUACAGGUCCAGAUGUUGUUCCAUCCAUUCUUUCGUCAGAAGUUGCAGCUGAUCAAUGGGUUCGUCGUGGGAGCAUUCCUUCACUUGCAGGCCAUGGUUCAUUUGGAAAGAGUCGAGCCAUCUUAUAUCGUCGUGGAAAAGCUUGGGUUGGUCUAGAACGUGCUCGCGAAGCAGUUGGUUGGCUACCUUCAGAUGUAUUAAACGCUCAGGAUCAAAAAGACAUAGAAGAUGAAGAUCCUGAGAGAUUAGUUUUAUUUGAUGAUAUUAAACCAUGCCUAAUAGAUUUAUGGAAAUUUGAAGAAAGAUCAACAGCUGACACUCCUCAAAGUCGAGCUCGUAGAGCAUUAUUUCAACAGCGCUUAUUCUUAUUGUGUUUAGAGUUUCUUGGAGCAUACGAUCGUGAUAUAGCUAAAUCUCAUCACUUUCCUAUGGAUAUUCGUCUUGUACAUGAUUUGGCAUCUGUAGGUAGCAUUCAACGUCAAGGUUUAACACCAUGUCCAUCACAAUCAUGGAUGUCGAGUAAUUUAGACACUACACAUAAUCGAGCUAAUAGCAAUGAUAGUAACAAUAAAGGGCAAUUGAAUACACCAUCACAAUUGGCUAAUGAACAUCAAGAUGUUUGGGCACAAGCCCAUCGUUGUUUUAUUGAUGCUGCACUUACUCAAAUGAAUGAAAUUCCAUCAUGGUGGCCUACUGAACUUAAGGAAAAUUGGCGUACAACGUUGAGUAAACUACGUUUUACAUUGGCAUCUGAACGUCUUUCCAAUGCUAUUCAAACACAUCUAGUUAAUGUUAAGACUGCUAUAUCCAUUUGGCGCACUUGUGGUCGGACAAUCAUAUCCGAGGGUAAAAACCAAAAAGAUUUAAAUUUAUGGCGAUCCUACGCUAAAGGUUUCUGGCAAAUAAGUCAUGAUUUACUUGUAACGGCUACAUGUCAAGAUGCUGCGAUUCCAAUUCAAGAAUCAAGACGCAUAUUUGAUUCGGCCUUAAGCAUGUAUCCUAUACCGGAAGAUUUCGGACCAUCAAUUGAUGAUAUGGAUAAGUUGGUUGAAUUUCAUCAAACUGUAUAUACUCCUAGAUUGAAACUUCUACAGGAUUAUAUUGAUUUAGAACUGGAUGUAUGCCCUGGAUCAGGUAGUUGUCAAAAAGGAUUCAAUGAAGAAAAUCGUGUAUUAUAUUUACUAACAUAUAUCGCAAUCGGUGGUGUUUACCAUUCAUAUGAACAACAAUCUACCAGUGAAAUUUUACCGUCAAUUAUUGUGAAAACUAAUUAUCGUUUUGGUAAGCGUAUUGAAGCUAUAUGGACAACAUUGGUUGGAUUGCCAGAGGAUUUAACCACUCAAAUUAAUAAUUAUCAAGAGUUUUUAGAUGGUCUACUUGGUACUGUCCCUAUUCUAUGCUAUUUAAAUUUAAUGUUUGAUCUCUUAACAACAGAUGAAAAGGCUUUAGACUCAUCACUUGCUAGUCUACUGCCUAUUCUUGGACGAAUUGAUAGAUUAUGUAGUAAAUUUCUAUCUAUCAAUUUAGACGAAUCUUAUCCUCUUGGUUCAAAAUCAAGUAGUCGUUGGUCAGAAAAUAAUAAUUUAUCUGAUGAUAAUGAUGAUUUAAUCCCGGCACCGUUGCAAAAUCGUAUUUGUACUAAUAAAUUUAUUAAUUUAACAAUUGGCGGUUUAUCUGCAUUCUGUGCUCUACGUCAACGCAAUCGACGUCCACUUUUAAAUCAUUUAUUCCAAUUAAUAAUGAAACAUAAUAAAUAUCAUUCAAGUGAUAUACUAAUGGAUUUAAUGUUUCCAUCACAAUUAAGUUAUCUUCUUCCAUCAAGGAUUUCAUUAGAUCAAAGAAAAUUACCCCUAUCUCUGAUGAAUGCAUCUUCAUGUCAUGGUCUGUUACCACCGUUAUUCUUAGCUUCUUUUAUUCAUCAAUUAAAUCAUUUAAGACAAAAUGUAGCAAAGUUAGCCUCUCAGUCUAUUAUUCAACAAUCACUGAAUAGUAUAUCACGUUCAAAUAUUCGACAAAAUCAACAAAAUAUUAAUUUUUUGGAAGGAUCAAUUGGUGCAGAAGUCAAUAGUUUUAUUGGUCAUCAAUUAGAAUUAUGUUCUGCUUGUUUACCAAAUGUUUUAGAUUUAUUCAUUUUAAGUUUAGAAUUAGAACGAUGGACGAGUUUAAUUGCUGGUGUUACUUGUGAUUAUGGUGAUGGAAGAAAUUCCGUAAGUGAUCAACGUGUACGUAAUGCAUUUGAGAAAGCUGUGCAAAUUAGUCCAUUUCUUACAUCAUUUAUAUCUUCUGAAGGAAACUUGAUUCAUGUAGCGCUAGGUGCUAAUACACCGUCAUUCUGGUCGGCGCAUUUACGUUUAGUUAUAUGGAGAGCUUAUAUGGCAUUUGGUUGGAUGGCUGGUCCACCUCAUACUUCUAAUACAUCUACUACAACUAUUACAAAUAAUUUAGAUCCUCGUCAACGUCGUCAAGCUGUAAAAGCAGUUUUUUACCGAGCUGUUGAAGAUGUUCCAUGGGCUAAAGCUCUGUAUACAGAUCUAGUUCGUUAUUGUCCAGAAGAUGUUGAAGAAGUUGUUGAUUUAUUAUCGGAACGUGAAUUAAGAUUAAGAACACCGUUAGAAGAAGUUGAUCUGUUAUUGACUGCCAGGCCUCAUGAAUAAAUAUAUAUCUUGUAUACUAUGAUUAUUUUAAAUCGGAAACCAAUACAUGUAUAGUUUCUUUUCC